CCUGUCCUGAGUGGCUGCCUAGUGGGCGGCGUCUGUGUAGUGUCUUACCUUGCGGGUUCUUCUCGGACGUUCUUACCGGUAUCUGCACGUUAAGCUCAUCCGGAGAACUUUAAAUUCCAAGCCCUCUUUCCUUUGCUUCCCGCUUUUAACCAACCGUCAUCAAUUGGAUUACCUGUUAUGUGCUGGGGGCUGUUGGAGGAUCUCGGCGUGAACAGGCUUUUCCAUCCCUAGAAAUCUUCAAAAUUGGCUCUCUUCCCUCGGUCAUUCACCUACAUCGGUUUUCUCCCCGCCUGCUCUUUCCCUCCAGAUUAAAGGGAAACUAGACAAACCUGUGAACUCUGAGGCAUCCAGAAGAACUUUUUCAUGAAAACGGAGAUAGUGGCUGGGCUGGGUGUCUCACACCUGUAAUUCUAGCACUCUGGGAGGCUGAAGUGAGUGGAUCGCUUGAGCUCAGGAGUUCAACCUGACCAAGAGGAACCCAUCUCUACUAAAAAUGAAAAAACUGAUGCAAGAGGAUCACUUCAGCCCAAGAGUUUGAGGUUGCUGUGAGGGAGUCUCAGGCUUGCUCAGGCUGGUCUACAAUUCCUGUCCUUAAGAGAUCCUCCUUCGUGGCCUCCCAAAGUGCUUGGAUUACAGGGCUACUUCCACAGAAGCCCACCAAUCUGGAGCAAUCUGCUUCAGCUCAUGCUGACAAAUUAUGCAGAGUUCCUGGCCUUUCUUUUACCUGAUGAGCUGAUCAUCAGAUGCCCCAUGAAGCCUCAGAUGUAGAUCGAGUGUAAGAAGUCAGCUGGAAAUGUCCUGUGACCCCCCCCAACGUGUUUUUCAAAUCCACCAAUGGGCACACAGCUUAGGCUCGAACCAGCCAAUCGGAAUGCGCAGUCACCGGGAAAUUUAAAUCGCCCCGGCCGGCAGCACGAGCCACACCGUGUUCUGCCUGAGCUGCAGUGGACGUUUCCAGGGCAGCGGAGCCAGAUCUUCUGAGUGCUGCACCACCUCCUGUGGAAGCCUGAGCUAGCUGUGCAGCUAUCUCCCUUUGUCUCAUAACCAUGUCCACCAAUGAGAAUGCUAAUUCACCAGCUGCCCGACUUAACAGGUUCAAGAACAAGGGAAAAGACAGUACAGAAAUGAGGCGACGCCGAAUAGAAGUUAAUGUGGAGUUGAGGAAAGCUAAGAAAGAUGACCAGAUGCUGAAAAGGAGAAAUGUAAGCUCUUUUCCUGAUGAUGCUACUUCUCCACUGCAGGAAAACCGAAACAACCAGGGUACUGUAAAUUGGUCUGUGGAUGACAUUGUCAAAGGUAUAAACAGCACCAAUAUGGAAAACCAGCUCCAAGCUACUCAGGCUGCCAGGAAACUACUUUCUAGAGAAAAACAGCCUCCCAUCGACAAUAUAAUCCGAGCUGGUUUGAUCCCAAAAUUUGUGUCCUUCUUGGGUAGAACUGAUUGUAGUCCCAUUCAGUUUGAAUCUGCAUGGGCACUAACUAACAUUGCUUCUGGGACAUCAGAACAGACUAAGGCUGUGGUAGAUGGAGGUGCUAUUCCAGCAUUCAUUUCUCUGUUGGCAUCUCCCCAUGCUCAUAUCAGUGAACAAGCUGUGUGGGCUCUAGGAAACAUUGCAGGUGAUGGUUCAGUUUUCCGAGAUUUGGUUAUUAAGUAUGGUGCAGUUGACCCACUGUUGGCUCUUCUAGCUAUUCCUGAUAUGUCAUCUUUAUCAUGUGGUUACUUACGUAAUCUUACCUGGACACUUUCAAACCUUUGUCGCAACAAGAAUCCUGCACCCCCAUUAGAUGCUGUGGAACAGAUUCUUCCUACUUUAGUGCGUCUCCUGCAUCAUGAUGAUCCAGAGGUAUUAGCAGAUACUUGCUGGGCUAUUUCUUACCUUACUGAUGGUCCAAACGAACGGAUUGAAAUGGUUGUGAAAACAGGAGUUGUGCCCCAACUUGUGAAGCUUUUGGGAGCUACUGAAUUGCCAAUUGUGACUCCUGCACUAAGAGCCAUAGGGAAUAUUGUCACUGGGACAGAUGAACAGACUCAGGUUGUAAUUGAUGCAGGAGCACUUACUGUCUUUCCCAGCCUGCUGACCAACCCCAAAACUAACAUCCAAAAGGAAGCUACAUGGACAAUGUCAAACAUCACAGCUGGCCGUCAGGACCAGAUACAGCAAGUUGUGAAUCAUGGACUAGUCCCAUUACUUGUUGGGGUUCUCUCUAAGGCAGACUUUAAGACACAGAAGGAAGCUGUAUGGGCUGUGACCAACUAUACAAGUGGUGGAACAGUUGAACAGAUUGUAUACCUUGUUCAUUGUGGCAUAAUAGAACCAUUGAUGAACCUCUUAACUGCAAAAGAUACCAAAAUUAUUCUGGUUAUUCUGGAUGCCAUUUCAAAUAUCUUUCAGGCUGCUGAAAAACUAGGUGAAACUGAGAAACUUAGUAUAAUGAUUGAAGAAUGUGGAGGUUUGGACAAAAUUGAAGCUCUACAAAACCAUGAAAAUGAGUCUGUGUACAAGGCUUCAUUAAACUUGAUUGAGAAGUAUUUCUCUGUAGAGGUGAGUAAUGGGUGGUGAUACUAACUUGGGAAAGUACACAUGUAAGGUCAAGCCCAUAAGAUAUUUUUCCCCUCAAGCUUUUCUUUUUUUCUCUCUCUGUUGCAGUGGCAUCAUCAUAGCUCACUGCAUCCUCAGACUCUUUGGCUCAAGCAGUUUUCCUGGCUCAACCUCCUGAGUAGCCGGAGGUGCAUGCUACCACACCCAGCUAAUUUUUCUUUUCUUUUUUUUUUGAGACAGCGUCUCACUGUGUCGUCCUGGGUAGAGUGCAGAGGCAUCACAGCUCACAACAACCUCAGACUCUUGGGGCUUGAGCACUCCUAUGGUAUCAGCCUCCUGAGUAGCUGGGACUUAGAAGCGUGCAUUAUCUGCAGCUAGUUUUUUCUAUUUUUAAUAGAGGUCAGGGUCUCACUCUUGUUCAGACUGGUCCUGAACUCUUGAAACGGUGGCGUCACAGCUCACAGCAACCUCCAACUCCUGUACUCAAGCAGUUCUCUUGCCUCCGCCUCCUGAGUACCUGGGACUACAGGUGCCUGCCAGAACACUGGGCUAUUUUUAGAGUCAGGGUGUCACUCUUUCUCAGGCUGGUCUCAAACCUGUGAGCUCAGGGCAAUCCACCUGCCUCCAACUCCCAGAGUGGUAGGAUUACAGGUGUGAGCCACCUUGUCCAGCCUUGGUCUUGAACACUUAAGCUCAAGGAAUCUGCCCACCUACCUCAUCCUCCAAGAGUGUUGGGAUUACAGGUGUGAACCACUGUGCUCAGUCUAAUUUUUCUACUUUUUAUAAAGUUGAGGUCUCCCUAUUUUGCUCAGGCUGGUCUUGAACUCCUGGCCUCAACUGAUUCCUGCCUUGGCCUCCCAAAGUGCUAGGAUUAUAAGCAUGAGCCUCCUAGCCUGGUCUUGACUUAGUUUUCUUUCUUUUUUUUUUUUUUUUGACUUAGUUUUCUGGUACUAUAGUUGCAUGCCUUAACCAUUCAGACCCUCCCGCUCCCGGGCACUCAUUAUUUUGGCAAAGUUUCAGCAUCCCUCUUUCCCCUUUGUCAAAUAUUAGAAUGUGGUACAGGGUUAAAGGUGAAAUAUGGAGAUGAAGACCUUAAGAAUAAAUACAGACUUCUAGGCAGCCUGCUGCUUAGAGAUGUGCCAUAAUUAUGGGAUUACAUUAUUGUUUUUUGUUUAUUUCCAGGAAGAGGAGGAUCAAAAUGUAGUACCAGAAACUACCUCUGAAGGCUAUACGUUCCAAGUUCAGGAUGGGACUCCUGGGACUUUUAACUUUUAGAUUGUAUAGCUGAGGCACAAAGUUGUCGUGUACUGCGUUUGGUAUAAGUUUGUCUUAACUAUUUCUCUACUACGAACUCUUUUUAAACGUGGUUUGUUAUUGUAGCACUUUUUACAACAAAACUAUACUUGAACAGUUCCAAACUGUACAUACAUACUGUCUGGAGCCUAUCCUCUGAAAGGGUUUCUUAUUUCUAUGUGGAAUUUCAUAUCUUGCAGUGUCCUGUAAAUAAAGAUUAAAGUCUACCCUUUUCUUUACUUAACCAUUCCUAUACAUUGCUUUCUAAUUGGGGGCUUUUAAUGUUGCAAGUGAAGGGUAACCAAACCACCCUGAUGUAACCAGAGGGAAUCUUGGUUGCAUUCAUGUGAUGUGAAAUUUGUGUGAUCAUCAAGGAUGCGGAGGUGAUGACUUUUCCUGCCUGAUUCCCAGUCCUCGCUUUUGGUCUGUGCGGUGUUCCCUCUUGGUAAUAAUGGCUGUUGGCACAUCCAGACGUUACGUCCUCUUCAGUCAGAAAAAAUUUCAAUUUUCACAGAAUAAAGAAUAAGAUUUCUCAGAAGCCCCCACCCAGUGUCUCCUUAAGUCUUCACUGGCCAAGGAGAUGGGCUAAAAAUCUUAGUCUUAAAUCCUGGGACUGUAAGUGGAAUUCACUCCUCCCAAACUUCAUUGCUGAAGAGGUUCCAAGUAAAUCGGCUGCACAUUGGCAUUGCCUGGGAAAUUUUACCCAGAAGUUCUGUCUCGUUCAUGAGGGACAAGGGUCCACAUAUUCGGUCUUUUUUUUUAAUUCCUAAGUGCUCCUGUGCAGUGU